AUGGGACCAGUGAUGAGCGGGCGGGAAGCUCUGCCGCGUGGCAUGUGGGCGAGGGUGGACCCCCGCUGCCGGGGCUGGGCCCAUCUCCAGGCACCCUCCGCUGCCUCGGGAGCCGCUGUCGCUGCCUGUGCCAUCCCCAGCACCCCCCAGUCCCUCAAGCUGACUUACCCAGAAACCUUGGACCGCAUCAAGGAGGAAUUCCAGUUCCUGCAGAACCAAUACCACAGCUUGAAGUUAGAAUGUGAAAAGCUGGCAACAGAAAAAACAGAAAUCCAGCGUCAUUAUGUCAUGUACUACGAGAUGUCCUACGGCCUGAACAUCGAGAUGCACAAACAGACGGAGAUCGCGAAGCGGCUCAACGUGAUCUGUGCCCAGCUCAUCCCGUUCCUGUCUCAGGAGCACCAGCAGCAGGUGGUCCAGGCCGUGGAGCGUGCGAAGCAGGUGACUAUGACCGACCUGAACGCGGCGAUCGGGCACCAGCUCCAGACUCAGCACCUCUCACACCAUGCUCCCCCCAUCCCGCUGACUCCCCACCCCUCUGGGAUGCAGCCCACCAGCCUCGCAGGCAUCGGCAAUGCCUCGGGGCUGCUGGCACUCUCAGGGGCACUGGGGGCCCAGGCCCAGCUCCUUGCCAAAGACGAUCGAGGAGUCCAUGACACCGAGUCCAGGGGUGAGCGUGGGGGGACAGGAAGCUCCCUGGCACUGCCCAAUGGGGAGCGGGCACGAGCCAUCUCCGAGUACCUGAGCAGCAGCAAGAAGAGGAAGGUGGAGGAGAAGGACUUUGUUACGGACUACGGCAGCGAUGCGGACAAAAGUGAAGACAACUUGGUGGUGGAUGAGGACCCCUCUUCCCCGCACAGCGUCCACUCCUACUCGUCCCGGGAGAACGGUGUGGAGAAGGUCCCACUGGGGAGGAAAGAGGCCGUACCACUCAGCCCGACCUCCAUGGCCUCCUCGAGCAGCACGUCCCCAUCUCGGAGCAAGGAUGCGCCCACGGUGGAGAAGGCAGGGACGCCCAGUCUGAAGUCCAGCACCCCCACUUCCCAGGGUGAUGCCGCGGCCCCAGGCUCCAGUGGUGCCCAGCAGUUUCGCCCCGCCGCCGCCAAGGCCCCCGUGGACCUUCUGGGUGAUGCUUACUCCUUCCAUGUCAGCGCCGAUGGGCAGAUGCAGCCGGUGCCUUUCCCACCCGAUGCCCUCAUCGGCUCUGGCAUCCCCCGCCCAGCACGGCAGCUCCACACCCUGACCCACGGUGAGGUGGUCUGCGCUGUCACCAUCAGCAACUCCACGCGACACGUCUACACUGGGGGCAAGGGCUGUGUGAAGGUGUGGGAUGUGGGGCAGCCAGGCACCAAGACAGCCGUGGCUCAGCUGGACUGCUUGAACCGUGACAACUACAUCCGCUCCUGCAAGCUGCUCCCCGAUGGCCGGAGCCUGAUCGUGGGGGGGGAGGCCAGCACCCUCUCCAUCUGGGACCUGGCGGCCCCCACACCCCGCAUCAAGGCCGAGCUCACCUCCUCUGCCCCUGCCUGCUACGCCCUGGCCAUCAGCCCCGACGCCAAAGUCUGCUUCUCCUGCUGCAGUGACGGCAACAUCGUGGUGUGGGACCUGCAGAACCAGACCCUGGUCAGGCAGUUUCAAGGCCACACGGAUGGUGCCAGCUGCAUCGACAUCUCUAACUACGGCACCAAGCUGUGGACAGGGGGGCUGGACAACACAGUGCGGUGCUGGGACCUGCGGGAGGGGCGUCAGCUGCAGCAGCACGACUUCAGCUCUCAGAUCUUCUCCCUGGGGUACUGCCCGACGGGAGAGUGGCUGGCAGUGGGCAUGGAGAGCAGCAAUGUGGAGAUCCUGCACGUGACCAAACCAGACAAGUACCAGCUGCACCUCCACGAGAGCUGCGUCCUCUCCCUCAAAUUCGCCUCCUGCGGGAAGUGGUUCGUGAGCACCGGGAAGGACAACCUGCUGAAUGCCUGGCGGACGCCAUACGGAGCCAGCAUCUUCCAGUCAAAGGAAACCUCCUCCGUCCUCAGCUGUGAUGUCUCCACAGAUGACCAGUUCAUCGUGACUGGCUCAGGGGACAAGAAAGCUACAGUUUAUGAGGUCAUUUACUGA